AUGGGGAAUGAGGCUGAUAACAAGUUCACUUGGGUCAUUAAGGAUUUCUCCUCUUUGAAAUCUGAGCAUAAGUAUUCUGAUCAAUUCGUGGUCGAUUAUCCAGAUAUGAAUCCCUUUUUUAAACUUUAUGACAAAGAUGAUGGAUUUCUUGUGAAUGGAGAUCUAAAGAUUGUUGUUGAGAUUGACGUUCUUGAAGUUAUUAGACGUUUAGAUGUUUCAGUGAAAUCUCGAGAGGUAACAAAACUUCUCAAAAAGAUUAAGUUAAAUGACAAUGAUGCUGCGGAAUCCAAAGAUAUGCGUAAGGAAACUUCAUCAGCAAAGGAAAGCAUUGAUGUUAAUGGGUUCAAGUGCUUCCUUCACAGGUAA